AAAACUCUUCAGUAACACGAUUGUUCGGAGAGUAGUAGAUGGCGGGAGUGAUCUCCGUGUGAUAUAACUGUGUUAGAUUAGUUUUUAAAUUUUUAGUGUAUAUUAUAGAAUAGUUAUAAAAAUGACUAGAGCUAAAAUAGAACUAGGCGAUGUGACGCCUCACAAUAUAAAACAACUAAAAAAGCUAAACACAGUUGUAUUCCCCGUGUCAUACAACGAUAAGUUCUAUAAGGAUGUAUUGGAGGCAGGUGAAUUGGCCAAGCUAGUUUACUACAAUGAUAUUGUGGUGGGCGCAGUUUGCUGUAGGAUAGACACAUCGGAGAACUCCCGGAGAUUGUACAUAAUGACGCUAGGGUGCCUGUACCCAUACAGAAGAUUGGGCAUUGGGACUCUCAUGGUGGAACAUGUGCUCAAAUAUGUUGAACAAGAGGGCAAUUUUGACAGCAUUUUCUUACAUGUCCAAGUAAACAAUGAGGGCGCAAUAGAUUUCUAUAAGAAGUUUGGCUUUGAAAUUGUUGAGACGAAAGAGCACUACUACAAGAGGAUAGAGCCGGCAGACGCACAUGUGUUACAGAAGACCAUUAGACAACCUCAGAGCGCUCCCCUGUCCAAUGGCACUGUGCCACACGCCAAGACAAACGGGCAUGACUGAGCUAGAAUGUGAAAUUCGGUAUGUACAAAAAGCUCUGAAAUUUCCAUUGUAUGAUGAAAAUAGUGCUAUGACAGGCUUCUUACAGUUGAAUUAUUACUAAAUGUUGCAUAUGGGUUUCUUUAUGGUUUAGUGGCAGUUGAAAACCACAACUGUACUUUUCAGUACUGAGGGCCAUGGUAAUUUCUAUACAUAGAUAUGAUACCAAUUAUCCAUGUGAAGCUAGCAGUGUUUACUGUACUUGUUUGGGUAUAAUAGCAGUUGUGCCACAACAUCUUUUCAUAACUUAUUUAAAAAAACAUAUUAUUGAGUUAGCAUUAUAUUACCAAAAGCACAUAAUAUCAAUUAGUAUUGUAAUCUGCUUGUAUACUGCUUGGUAAUUUGAAGGUUAUAUAAUAACAUCUAAUAAUAAUUUAACUGUUAGAAGUAUUUGCGACUUGAUACAGAGCAAGAAAUCAUCAUAGAAAGGAUAACUGGUCAUAAUUGUGAAGCCAAGUGAUACAUUUGUAUAAAACAUAAGUCACUCACUAAGUAUACAUACAUACAGUCAUAAAUUAAUGUUAAGCCAAAGGCCUACAAAUGUAACUUUGCCUGUGUGUGGAACCAUUAAGACAGGUGUAAAUCAUAAAAUUUAAACUAGCCUUUACAAAAAAAUUGCCAGUCGCAAAGCGUCAACUUUUGAACCGCUGCUUCUUUUGAACUUAACAGACUUCCGCUCCGUCAAACAGAAAAAUAGUAUACAAACCUCGGCCAGUGAACAGGAAAGCUUCAGAUCACAUGUAAUUGCUGGCUGAGGCAAAUCCAAUGAGGACAUCUCUUAGUUUACUGCCUAUAGGUAUGUAAUAUACUAUAUUUAGGCUAUGUAUAGGUACAAUAAUGUACAUAGGUAGCACUUAAAUGUAUGUGGCUUAUCCCAAGAAGGUCUUGUACCCAAUAUUUUUCACUAGUUCAAUAACAUUUUUGUUAGACAUCUUUCUUUUUCAAACUUUUUUCUCUGUGUGUAGUUUAUUUCUUGUGUAUUUGUGUAAAUGUACAAAAAACCAACAUAAUUUAUUCAAUAUAUUACCUAAAGUACUUAUAAGGAAAUACAUACAUUUUGAUAAAUAAAUAAUCUUUUAAUAUUGUAAACAUAAAAAAGGCUAGUUCAAUUUUACUGAUUAUAGGACUUAAGUUUUAGCAUAAUAUGAAAUUUCUUACUGGCAAUAUGUAAAAAAAAAUGCUAACUACGUCAGUUUGAUAAAACUUGUUUUAGCAUUGUGUACAAUUUAAUAAUGGUAUUAACUUAUUACUCAAUUAGGGUGUUUUUUGACCCCUACAGGAACUUUAAAUUCCAGGUAUUUUUAUGUAAAAAACUAAGUAGAAUGUCUCAGGUUGUCUGUCAAAGGUUGCUAAUGCCUUUUCUGGCCUCUUUUGGAUUGAGCUAACUUCAUGACUUCAUAUAAUAUUUGAAUAUUUAAUAUUUAUUGGCAUCCACAAGAAAAUAAGUUAACAAUUUCAUGGCAAAGUUACGCUGUGGGUUGCAAUAUAUGUAAUAGAUGGACUUAAGCAUGUGGUUGUGGAAUUUGAGGCCAUAAAACAAUAGAUAUGACUGAAUACUUCUUUAAUAUCGAUGUCAUAUAUUGUACAGAACACAUUAUUGAUAAGUUCAAGCAUGUUGUUCAUCUAAUGUUUGCAAUUUAGAGUUAAUAGUGACUGUGAAGGUGGAAUGUUUGAUAUAACUUUAUUUUUCAUAAAUUUUACAUUGCUUAAUGUUUGAUAUUAUAUCACAUAAUUGCAAAGUGCUGACAUAACAACUGGAUGCUGAUACGCAAUAAUGUGUCAACCCACAUUCAUUUUGCAAUUAAAUGUCAACUUUAAGCGUCAGUUUUUUGAGUUGACAUCUUAUUGCAAAUUGAAUGUGGGUUGACACAUUUUUGCUAAACACCAUCCAACUAGGGGAUGUAAAAUUGUAAACCGGUUUUUAAUUGUAUGGAAAAACCGGUUUCUGUUCCUUAAUAACAACUUAUGAUACAAAUAAAAAAUACUGUUGCUCAAAAAACUCAUUAAGUACCUAUAUCAAACAUAAAAUUUGUACAAAAUGUUACAUUAUGUCAAUAUUAAGUUAUAUCAAACUUUGGCACCCUAUUAAAACCAUUGCAGUUGUAAUUAAGUUUUCAUAAUUCGAAUGUGUAAAAUAUAGGUUAUUCUUGGCUCUAGGCAUUCUGUUAACUAAACUGAUGGCAUACAAGUGUACAUUUCGAAAUACUUAAAAUUUAAGUAAGUUUAUGGUAUAGGGGGAAGCGGGGUAGAUAGGCACAAGGGGCAGUUUUGAACACCCACACUAAUUCCUUAACUAAAAACUUAUGUUCACCUUCUGCAACAUUAAAACGUGGCUUUGUAUGUGUGAGUGAGGUACGUGCUUCGACACAUCUCUCCUGACAGCCGUUGCCGCUUGGUGCGUGAAAACGUGUUUCCGCGGUCGCAUAGUAAAUAAAUUAUGAUUUUUUUAUCGAGUUGUGGUGCGAAAUUUUCGACUGUACCGGAUGAACAUCAUAAUGAGCGCUUAGUACGUUUAUUCAGUAGUAGGGUUAGCUUAUUAUUUUAAAGUAAUACUUACUAGUAUAUUUUAAAUAAAUUAUUUUUAAUUUAUUUGACCAUUAGGGUACUUUGGUACAAUAAAGAUUGGGGCAGUUUUGAACAUGUCAAAGUGCCCCUCUAGUGUAUCUAAGUGCCCCUGCCAGUUUUUUUGUUGUGAAUUCUUUUUUUUAUUUCUUUUUUACUGUAUAGUGCGAACGUACAAAGAGAAAGAAAAUUAACAAAGAAAAGUUAAAACAACCAAAGUAGCUUUUUGUCAGAAACUGACAAUGAUUUCAUUAAAAGUUGUUUUUCGUAGUAUUAGUGCACCUGCUGCUUAAUAACUGUAGUAUGCUCUAAUAGCACCGCACUUAAUAGACGUUUUAUAAUGUUUAAAAAGUUUACUACUGUUCAGCUAACUGAGUUGAUCUGUAAAGUGUGCUCUGGGGGGCAGUUUGAAACACUUACCGGGCACUUUGAUUCACGUGCCAAAGUACCCCAAAAUGAUGUAUCAAAGUGUCCCAUGUAAUGUAUCAAAGUGCCCUGCAGGUGGGGCACAAUUGAACAAAUCCCAUUUUUUGGUAAAAUCCAUAUAUCUCUUUUACUGGCCAUAAAUUUAACAAAAAAUGAUACACUUUGUAUACCUUGGUAAAUUUAUCAUCUACUAAGUACAAAAAAAAUGUAUUUUGAGUUCAUUUUGGGGCCUACAAUCGAUUUCAAAAAAAGGUGUACCAAGCUGCCCCGCUUCCCCCUAAGGAGUUUCCAUUUUGGUACCCAAUAGUGUCCCUUAUAUCAAGUAUCAGGAUUUACCUCGCAAUAUUGUUUUAUCUUAAUGCAUUUGUACCGGGAACAUACCUUGAUAUUAUGUAAGUAACAAAACACGAUCUUAUUUAAAAAAAAUAUUUUUUAGUUUUUACUUGCACAGCAUACGAAUGAUGUUCAUUAAUUUUAAUUCCUUGUUGAUUUGUUUUGAAAUUUUUGCUCUGUUAAACAUUACUGAUUUUAAACGUGAUGAAAUUUUAGAUUGUCUGUAAAUUAUUUUAUACUGGUUAGACAUGUUUACCAAAAAGUCAAUUUACCUAUCUGAAUAAUGGAUGUCUGUUCUGUAACCUAUUUGUUGAAUAUCAUGUUCACUACUACCUUAGGAUUAGUGUAAUAAACCUGAUUAACAUAU